UACUUUUGUAUUUCAAGCUUUUCUGUUCCCUAAAUGUUACUUUUAUGCUGUGCAUUGAAAAUGUUGUGUCACCAGAUAUGACCUUCAGUGGUGUAGGAUAUCAGAUAAAGCCUGUGAGUUGUGGCUCCAGGUCAUAGAUCCUGUGUAAAUAAUCUUCCAGGCGUCAUGAUGACAUGAGAACACCUGAGAGAACCACACCUGUCCGUACAGUCACAGUCUGUGGAUACAGCUCAGUAUUCAGACGGAGCUCAGCAUGCAGAGGCUGUUCACCGCCGAAGUUAUGUUCAGGAAAACUGUUCGGAGAUCAGCAAUAAUGCCACAGCCCAGAAUGAUGCUGGUGGUGACGGGAGAUGACUUUGGCUACUGUCCCAGAAGAAACCAGGGGAUUGUGGACUGCUUCAAGUCUGGAGGCAUUUCCAAUGUGUCCCUGCUGGUCAACGGCUGUGCUGCCAAGGAGGCGGCAGAUCUGGCUCAGAGGCACAAUAUCCCCAUGGGUCUCCAUGCCAACCUGUCAGAGGGCGUUCCGGUGUGCCCCAGCCUCCAGCAGGCCUCCACCCUGACCAACCAGCGCGGCUUCUUCCACGGGAAGACGGGCUUCCGCCAGGCCCUGGAGGGAGGCCAGCUCAGCAUGAAACAGGUGGAGCUGGAGUUGAGGGCUCAGGUCCAGCUGUUCAGGGAUCUGACGGGUCACCUGCCUCACCACAUGGACGGACACCAGCACGUCCAUGUCCUGCCAGAGGUGCGUGAGGUGUUUGCACUCGUCCUGUCAGACCUCCAGAUUCCGUUCACUCGUGUUCCCCUGGAGCCCGGUCUGCAGGGCUGCCCCGCGCUACCAGCACACCUCCAAAGAUUCUACGCUCAGGUGGAGAAGGACGCCCGGGACUCCAUCCCUGUGUUCACCCGCUACGGAAUCAGGUGGCCCCAUGUGUACCUGGGGCUGACCACCAUGGGCCAGAACAUGUCCGUCCCCAACCUGCAGCGGGCCCUCAGCCAGGCGCUGGCUGCGGGGCCCCCAAGCUCUCCCUCCAGCGGGUCAGCAGGCUCUCACCAGCCUGUGGUCACAGCAGAGCUCAUGGUCCACCCGGGGUACCCCAGUCUCCCCCAGGAGGGGGGCUGUGGGGAGGGCCCCGACGAAUUCUCCCAGUCCGCUGACAGACAGCACGAGCUGGGCGUGCUGAGGGACCCCGCCCUGCUGGCCCUCUACCGCCGGGAGGGGGUGCAGCUGUGUGCCUUCAGACACCUCUGAGCACUGUGGAUCCUAUAGAGACACAGUGGUUAGAGCACAAAUCACUCUCAAUCUGCUCGGACUAGCAGUAUGUGAUGUGGGGGGGUGAGGAUUUUACUCCAGACGUGGUUUUUAUAAUAGCAUAUCUUAUCUUGUUAUUAAAACAUUUCCUAAAAGCACAGAAAUAUGUGCACUGCCACGCUGUUAAAGCUUUAUGAAUUCAAAUUCUAACUAAUCAGUCACUAAUUAUGUUACUAAUAAUGAAGGAACGCAGAGGUUGGACUGAGUUAUAGACUUUCACUUUCUAUAGAUCCUUACAGUUGAGAACAAAACUGGUAUCUGAUGUUUCUCUCUCUAAUCUUAAAGACAACGUGUCAUUUUUAAUCUCUAAUUCUUACAUUCGUAGAGCCCUCGGAGCAGCUUUAGCACAGAUUCUGGGCUCAGGGGGGGCUCACCGGGGUUGUGCUAUCAUGCAAUAAGGGGUAUUUAGCUCAGAAAGAGAUUCAAUAAUCUGGAUCAGCUGUUGCUUUGUCGUCGUCGUCCUGGACCUCUGUCUCUGACCUCUCUGUCGUGAUGUCACCAGAUAUCAGUUGCGGAAUGAAACUUCAGAAAUAAGUUGUAAUUAACGUUACAACCCACAAAAGGAGGAUUUUUAUAACAAUCUGUCAACCCAUUUGAUCUUUUAUUGUUAAAAACAUUCUUUUUUCAGGGCUGCACACGAUGAGUAAUUGAUAUGCAAUUAAUCGUUUUGUGGAUGAAGUAUCUUCAGAGUAUAGUUUGAGUCUUAGUUUUGUGCUCAUGUGUAUUCCUCAGUAAAUGAAGCCAUGUUGUCGUUGAAAUGAUUCCUAAUGAACUCAGGUCUGUAGCACUGAACAUCUGAUAACCUGCCAAAUGUUGGACUCUAAGUGAAUGUGAUUGAACAUGCACCUGUAACAGUACGCUUUGUAAUAUUUAUAGCUUUUUAUCUGGAUAUUUGAAAUUGUAUAUUUUGAUAAAGUUUAUGUUAAAACUUUUUUUACAUUGCUGUGUUUAAAUUGUUACAGAGAUAACAACUGAACAGCUGAGCGAAUAAAUGAUGUCA